AUUCAUGCGGCUUUAUCAGAUCUACGCAAUGAGCUCUCUGUAAUUGUACGGUUGCAUUCGUCUAGAGCUAUCCGUAAUGUUCUUGGUAUAAUUUUUCGAAAUACUGUUUAACUCCUAUCGUCCGAUACAAUUUUCAGCAUGAUCAUCUUUGUUAAACAAGUCAACUAGGAGUACUUCAUAAAAUGAAUACAGCAGCGAGCGAGCCACUUCGGCAACCAAAUAUUUCAUACGAACCUAAUCUGGAAACGUACAACGCAAGACGCAAGCAACGAUAUGAAGCAUUGCAACUAUGUAGUACUGUACCUACCACGUUGCCUCAUGGAUUCCCUCAGCGCCUAGAGUCUACGCUUGCUUGGGAUGUAACAUCAGUCAAAAAAGAAUACAACUGGGUGUAUCACCUUACCGAUACUGAUGUACAGGAAAUAGAUGUCGCUCUCAAGUAUUUCCGAUCAACCAAUGGCAAUGGCCCAUUACAGCUUGGAGCUAUUAAUGUCGAAACAUUUCCACUGCCAACACUUCGGAAUACACUUCGACAUAUAUCAAAUGAAAUUCAUAACGGCUAUGGUUUUAAAGUAAUCAGGGGGUUAGCUGUUCAAGCAUAUAGCACCGAAGACAAUAUUGCAAUAUAUGCUGGUUUGUCAGCACAUCUCGCGCCGGCUAGAGGGCGCCAAGAUACUAUCUUCCAAGGAAAGCCUGCCGAUGUUAUGAUACUUCAUAUCAAAGACCUUACAAAAACGAUGGAUGUGCAAAAUAUCACAGCUCCUGCGUUUACCUCUGAAACGCAGGUCUUUCACACUGACUCGGGUGAUGUGGUGGCUCUUUUUGCUCUUGGGAUUGCUGCGGAAGGUGGUCAAAGCAAACUUGCAAGUAGCUGGCGUAUUUAUAACGAGCUAGCCGCCACAAGACCAGACUUAAUCAGAACGCUAGCCGACUCUUGGCCGGUCGAUGAUUUUGGAAAAACAGAUAAAGGAUAUCAUCUACGUCCCCUUCUUUAUCACCACCGGCAAACACAAACCUCCCCUGAGCGAAUAAUUAUCCAGUACGCUCGACGGGUAUUCACAGGAUACCGAACGCGCCCACGCUCUUCAAACAUCCCACCCAUCACUGAGGCACAGGCCGAGGCGCUUGACGCUCUGCAAUUUCUAGCUGAAGAGAAUGCCAUAAGCUUAGAUUUUCAACCAGGUGAUAUUCAAUAUAUCAAUAAUCUAAGUAUCGUUCAUGCUCGAGAAGCCUACACUGACAGUCCCACACAGCAGUAUGUUAGGUCUAAGUUUUCGAAUCAUACCACGAUCUGAACAGUCGCUUAUAUUACUCCAGGCGCCAUUUAAUACGAAUGUGGUUACGAGACCCCGCGUUAGCAUGGCCGACACCAGAAGCCUUAAAACAAGGAUGGACACGGCUUUAUGAACAAGUUGUUCCCGAAAAGUGUGUAUUUCCACUUGAGCCUUUCAUGAGGAUACCGGUAAUAAACAAGCCGCAGGGAAUUGAUAAAUAGUGAAAGUUGCAAUUAAAUUUCCUGUAAUUGCUUUAGGAGAGCAAAUUGAUAAAUAGCUAAAUGAAUAGUAUAAUUAUUUUGCAAUG